AUGGGUACAAAACUACUAGACUUGGAAACCAUCCUGCUCCGUAACGAGCAAUGGAUGAAACUCGAAGAAGACUGGAAGCCGGUGGACCUGGAUGAAGACAGGACAGAGGAAGACAACGAACCGGCUAUGACGACAAUGCUCAGCGCUUUGGACUUGAAGAAAACUACAUUUGAUUCUGCGCAGCUGUUGAAAAAAGUGCGAAGGAAAGUCGCGAGACAGCUAUCUGAUAAAUCGAUUAUCGACUAUAAUGAUUUUAUACGCAAUCUCCAGAAUAACGAGGCGAACGAUCAACAGUUUUUCUUUGUAAACGGCCAAAUAAUCUCCGCUGUCUCAAUCGAAGAAAUAUGCAGAGAAAUUGACGAUAUCUUUAAAUCGAUUGACAGACUGGCUUCAGCUACAAGCACCCUGAGGAACCGUAAGCCGGACGUAGUACAGUGCAGCAUCUCAACCGGAGAAUUAAGUUUUGACGAUACUAUAGACCAGAUAGACGAAGAAAAAAUAGACCAGUGUAUAGAAGAAGCUUUCGAAGAGUUGAGUGGAAGUUUCACAAGUGUGUGCCAGAAUGAAAACAGCCAGGAAUCAGUGACGACUCUAGUCAAAAGGUUUACUUCUCUAUUGAACAGUCCGACAGUACAGUGCGGUCCUCGACGCCAAAGGCAGUGUUGCAGCAGAUUCCAGGAGUUGGCAGAUUUUUGGAAUAAUCGCGCUUUUCACGAACUUUCUUAA